CUACCGUUGCCCGAAAACCUUUUUGUUCUCAGUUCUGCUUAUUUCGAAGAUCUGCAAGUCUCCAUCUCGAAGAUGUCUUCUGUUUCAGGUCAAAUGCAAGUAGACAGGUCUCAGCGUUCCGUUUUCGUUGGGAACAUCUCCUACGAGGUACCCGAAGAUACCAUCCGUCAGAUCUUCUCGAAGGUUGGACAUGUUGUUCACAUCAAAAUGGUACAUGACAGAGAAACUGGCAAACCUAAGGGAUAUGGAUUUAUAGAAUUUCUGGACGUGCAGACAGCUGAACUAGCUAUUCGAAAUCUAAACGGAUACGAAGUCAAUGGUCGGCAGUUACGUGUUGAUAGCGCUGCCGGCGGUGAUCGGAGUGCUGAUGAGAUACAACAGCUACAAGCUGCACUAAGUGCGGCUCAGGUGGAAGAGAGCCCGUAUGGACCCGAACCAGAGGAAGGUCGGGCGCCGGAGGCCAUAUCUCGUACCGUGGCUUCACUCCCGCCUGAGAAAAUGUUUGAGCUGAUGAAACAAAUGAAGGAUGUUGUGCGAUCUAAUCCAAGCGAAGCAAAGCAAAUGCUUAUCCAGAAUCCACAGUUAGCAUAUGCUCUUCUUCAGGCUCAAGUUGUUAUGCGCAUUGUGGAUCCUCAGGUUGCAAUCGCAAUGUUGCACAGAGAGCCGGCAUCGUCAACGGUGCCGUUUCAUCAAGCGCCGUUUGCAGGUCCAGCUGUGCCUGCUGCUGCACCUGUUUCUCAAGGCGGUUUCGUUCCUCCACCACAGCAAAUGUAUGGUCGACCUCCUGCUGUUCCUCCUCAGCCGCCACAGCAGCCCGAGAUCACUCCGGAUGAACAACAUAACGCAGAAUUGUUAGUACAAGUAAUGCGACUGACAGAAGCCGAGAUCGCUAUGCUGCCUCCUGGUGAUCGAGAAAAAGUCAUUGAGCUACGUAAUCAACUACGCCAGAGUGUGUAGUCGAUGUCACGGUUGCUUUCUAUUCUGUCACUGUAUAAUUACACGAGCUCUUGGUCACUAACAUCAGACUGAUUCAGUUUUUUCUUGGUUUUUAUCAGAGGAAUGGGUCCGCAGAUCUUUGUAAUGUCAAAUUAAUUGUUAAACCCUCUCGCAAUGUUCUUGUCAUCAUAGGGCUGGAUAACUGAGUUCAUUCAGUGAAGAUCAGUUACUAUUUGAAUGGCACAAGGUAAUAAUUUAUGAUUUAUUGUAGAAAGAAAUCGCUUAAUGUUGAUGAAGUUCACU